CUGAGACAUUUGAUUGGCUGUUAGUGACCUGGGAAUCCCUAAGAACCCGUAUGUUGUAGAAGCCAUUUUUCUGGACCGUGUGACUUGAGAUUUGCUUCUGAUAAUUGUGAAGGGUUUUAUCUCUCCUUGAAGCUACAUAAUGACGGAGCGACAGUUGGAUUGUGCGCUUGAUUUGAUGCGUCGUCUCCCUCCACAACAAAUAGAGAAAAAUUUAAGUGACCUCAUUGAUUUGGUUCCAGCAUUAUGUGAAGACUUGCUCUCAUCAGUUGAUCAGCCAUUAAAAAUAGCAAGAGAUAAGACAGUAGGAAAAGAUUAUUUAUUGUGUGAUUAUAACAGAGAUGGUGACUCUUACAGGUCUCCAUGGAGUAAUUCUUAUGACCCACCUUUAGAAGAUGGAGCUAUGCCAUCAGAUAGAUUACGUAAAUUAGAAAUAGAAGCUAAUAAUGCCUUUGAUCAGUAUAGAGAAAUGUAUUUUGAAGGAGGUGUAUCAUCAGUAUAUCUAUGGGAUUUAGAUCAUGGAUUUGCUGGUGUUAUUCUUAUCAAAAAGGCAGGUGAUGGGUCCAAAAAAAUUAAAGGUUGUUGGGACUCAAUACACGUCAUUGAAGUUCAGGAGAAAUCUAGUGGAAAGAGUGCCCAUUAUAAAUUGACGUCGACUAUAAUGUUAUGGUUACAAACAAAUAAAGAGGGUAGUGGAACUCUAAAUCUGGGUGGCUCACUAACUCGACAGGUAGAACAAGAUGCAUCUGUAUCCGAUGCAUCUCCACAUAUUGUAAAUAUAGGUAAAAUGGUAGAGGAAAUGGAAAAUAAAAAUCGUACAGUGUUGAAUGAUAUAUAUUUUGGAAAAACUAAAGACAUUGUUAACAGUUUGAGGUCUUUUGCCCCUAUCGAUGAUAAGAAAACAGGUAUGGCUUUCCAGAAAGAUUUGGUGGCUGCUCUUGCUAAGCGAACACAAGCACAGUGAAAUUAACAAGGUCAACAAUGGAUGUAUUAAUGUUCAUGGACGUUAUUUGGUGAUCCGUGAAUCAUGACUUGUGGAAUAAACUAUGAAAUGGCUUUAUAAGUUAUAUAAUAAUUGAAGGGGUUCAUCUGGAUAUAUAUAUAUAUAUUCUACUCUACAAUAGAUGAAGUUAAUAUGAAGCCAUGAUAGCCAUAUUAUAAAUAUUAUUUAAAGUGACACUCAACUGUUUUAAAGUGAAGAUUUAUAUACUGUGUAAUUAAUUACUUUUAGAAAUCACUGACAAUGAACUUGACCCAUGAUAUGUUUUUCUUUUAUUUUGUCUGUACUUUUAGGUGUAGGUUAAUUUAAGGAAUUACCGGGGGGGGGGGGGGGGGAUGUUUAUCAAUUUCAUUUUGUAAAGAGUAACCAGGGAUCUCACUACAAAAUUUGCCAUUUAGACAUUUCCAAGCAUAUUAAUUGGUUAAGGUAUUUGUGUUAAUUUCAUUAUAAUUUACGUAAUUAACCUAUAGAACCCUACAGCUCACAAUAGUAGUCCAAAAGAAAUAAUAUUGUAAUCCAAAUUGAAUAUUGAAUAGACCUAUAUAACAAACUGGGCUAGCCUUAUUUCCAGUUUGAACUUUUAGGGAAAAAAAGUUACAAUGCAUUUUGAAAUAAUGUGUGCAUAAAUAAAUAGCAAAGCAAAUAUUUAAUAAUUCAGACAAAACCCUGGGAGUUUUGGAGUGGUAAGGGUUCAAAGAGCUAAUAGGGAAGGAUAUUUCUCGGUCCUGGGGAAAAUAACUGAAUAUCAUUCAUGAACAAGAGCUUGUACACACUGUAAUUUGUACACACUGUAUAGUAAAUCAAUAUAUUUAUUCCAUUUUAUAAGAAGUUUUACUAUUAUUUGAAAGUGCAAUGCAUACAAUUCAAAUAUAACAUUCUAACUGGAGUUAGAAUUUAGUAUUGAGAAAGAAAAGGAAUGUAGAACUAGGUAUUAUCAUUCAAAUGUAUUUUAAGUUGCUGAUAUAAAUUUCUUUUGUAAACAAUAUUUUAUUCAUAAUGAAAAUAGAUGGGGAAAGGAUAUAUGACCCCUCUCCAUAAAUGUGAUUCUAUUUAAUCAAGCAAUUUAAAAGAAUUGAACCUAUAGUUGGGCGAUUUCAAUACAUGUUAUUACUAUUGAUAAAUAGUUUUGAUUAUACCAUGGGUCCUAUGGAUAUUAUAUCUGAGUUUUUUAAUCAUUGUUCUACAUAAAUACAGCGGACCAAAAUAAUAAUAAAAGUUAGAUAUCAUUUACCUCUUAAAUCCGGUGUGAGGUUUGUGUACAUUUCCGAUUUAUAUAUGUUAUUGUUUGUUUGUGUAUUAUUCUGACAUGGUCCCACGUUUUCUGUUUUCAUAGUGUCUAGUUCUUGAAAACACAAUAUUACAAAACUUCUGCUGAUCCUAAAGUUAAUUUUAUGCAUGUUGUAAUAUAUUAGAAUGAAUGAAUUCUUAUAAUUAAUUUUUCAGUUAGAAUUAAAAUUAAAAAGAUGUACAUUUGAUUGAGUGCUUAAAGUGCUUUUAAAAUCUUAUUUAUACUGGGUUGGUAAUAAAAAAAUUUCAGUAGUGUACAGUAGUAGACACUGGAUAAAAGAAAAAUUACGCAAUAUUCAAUAUGUCACAAAAGCAUUUUGUUUAGUAUGAUGUUAACAACUGAGUGGUAUGUCAUCAUUUAUAGUGUUCAAGUCGUUAUAUUCAACCAUUCAAAUAGAUCCCAUGUUUGGUGUAUGGGAACUAGAGAGAUUUUAUUUUGCUUACGAAAUUGUGUUUUGAGCGAGUGUGUUUCGAUGAUGUGUGUAGCAGUAAAUCAGUCAAUUCCUACAUGUUUAUUUGUAAAUUAUGUGAAGUUUUAAAAAGUUGGUGAACACCACGAGUUUUGAUACUGCUCAAGCUAAAGAUUGAACAAGCGAUAAAUAAGAUUUAUGAUUUAACUUCCUCAACUUCUUAAUACAGAGUUGUCUUUCUUGGUUAAUGAUAUGAAAUUAAAUGAAAUGGGGUUUAACGUCCUAGUGUUCUGCACCAAUGGGGCUAAUGAAACCAGACAUACGCCAUACAUUGGCCUACUCGUAGAUCAAAUUCCAACUGCCAAGGGAUCUUUUACAUGCAUGUAAUGAUACAACCUACAUGUACAUGUAGUAUUCUAAUUUAUUUUUUUGUAUUAAAUUUGAAUUGAAAAAUGAAAAUUGCUUUGAGUUUCUUUCACUAAACAAAGCGUGAUUUUAGUGUUGUCAAAUAUGUAUGUUACAUAUACUUGUCACCAAGAACAGUAACUCUGUAAUAAAAUGUAAGGAAAAUCAUGAAUUCUUGUGUAUAUAGAACAACCGUAAUAUCUGCCAUUUGUUUCUUGAUGUAAAUUAUUAAAUAUGAAUGUCAAAAUAAAGUUGAUUGUAUUUAUUAUAUAAUUUUCUGACAUCAUGCUUAGAAACAGUGAUUAAUUGUACAUUAUUUUACUACUGAAUUAUUUCAACUGUACAGCACUUUAAAUACAUUGCUAGUUCAAUUCUAAAAUAAACAAAUUAUACUAUUU